AUGUCAUCUUGGAACAAGGCUGAAGUCGCCUUCACCCAAGAGCCAUCGGUAAAAGCCGAGCUUUCACCUACAGGCCAAAGACAUUCUCACGCAUGGGCUACAGCGGCACAAGACCAGGACCCUGGCGCUCGCCUAGCAUUUCGAAUCUACCGACAGGACGAGAAUGGAUUUGAAACUUGGUCAACUUACGCUGCAAAUGAUAGCUGGGAAACAAUAUGUCGGGCGAACAGUCUUGUCGAUAAGUUUGAAGGAAGCACCUAUGUCGAGCUCUGCACCAAACCCCGAAGAUAUAUCUAUAUUGAUAGUCGGUUCAAAAAACUGAAGAGAGAACAUCCGCAACUGUUACCUUUUGUUGGUGGCGCAUAUACUGAUGACGGGAUGAAUGUGGUCCCCACCCAAAAUUCUCCCAGAGGCAAAAAGUUGAAGCCGAGAAAACGGAAGUUUGAAGAUCUGGAUCUAGGUACGAUUGGUGCAAAGAACUAG